AUGAUUUCCUUUCCUUUAGUUACCAUCAGCACGUUUUUAGAAAAACAAGAACGGCAAGAAGAAGAGAAUGUAUUCAAAGAAGAAGUUCCCGAUCAUCGAAAUGUUGUUCAUAUAAGCGGUAUCGCAGUUUUUCGUUCACAAUAUCCAACUUCUCAGAAUCGAUCUUGUCAUAGCAAUAUUUUGUUUAAAAGAGGUAAUCCAUGUUUAUUGCUUCAUGCAUAUCAUUAA